GUUUUCUUUUCCUGGGAGAGUGCAUGUGAUCAGCACAGGGCCAAUCAGCAGUGGUCAGACAGAGGUCAGGGGUUUUGCAUCCUCCUAGAGCAGAAUGAAAACUCAUCCUACAAGCUUUAGCUAGUGCUUGGCUGGACACUGUUAGAAGUCACAAGAUUGCUCUUACUACUGAUGAGAAAAGGCAUUUAGCAGUUUCUAUUUACUAAAAUAAUUGCACUUCCAUGUUGUGUACUGUGGGAGACCAGAUAUAGUGCAUGCAGGGUUCUGGG